AUGAAUGAAAUAUCAUCAAUCUCAACAAUUGAUCAAAAAAUGGCUGAGAUGCGUAUUAAAAAUUUGGAACUACUUAAGCGUCAUCAGGAAAUCGAAGAGGAUCGACAACUUGCCGUUCAAACGGGUGCAAUAACAACAACAACAAAUAUUGUUGAACCUAUCAAAGAUAAAAAAGCAAUGAGAAGUGCAACAAAAAAUCGUACAAGAAUACCAACAAAUCAGUUAAAUACUCAGGAAAAUCAAUCUGAACGAUUACAACGACCACCCAUACGAAGAAAAUUUGAAAUUGUUCGUAAUGAUACACAACAACCUCAACGUGCACAACGUAUUGAUUAUAAUCGUUUAAAACGUGAACAUGCACAAGAAAUCAAUAAUCCGAAACCAAAUAAUAAUAAUAAUUCAAUUAAUCCUGAUUUACAUCAAUAUGCAUAUCCAUUCCAUAAGCAAUCAAUAAAUAAUAAUAAUGAUGCCGACGAACCGGCACACGCAAAAAGACUUGUUAUUGUUAAUAAUAAAGCUGAUAAGAUUGGUAGUGGUCGAUUUAAUCAACAGCAACGAGCUCAAGAACAGGGACAACGUAAAAGAGAAGAACGAAUGCGUCGAUGUACAGUACAAAAUAACGGGCAUCCAGGAGGAGGUACUAAUGAAUUUCAUCUUGAUGUACCACCAAUGCCAAUUUGGCAAAAUAAUCAAAUGCAUGUUCAAUUAUUACCAACAAAUAUAAAUAAUCAUCAUACAGGAAUAGAUCAUCUUAUUAAUACUAGUGGAGAUCAAUUAGAUCAAUCUGCUUAUAUUCAUAAUUUUGUUUAUCCACCUCCAGCUCAAGCAUCACCAUUCAAUGGUAAUGGUACUGUUUAUUUUGCUCAUCCAGCUCCACCUCCUUCAUCUUCUUCUCAACAACCACCACCAUCACAAACACAUUUCCAUCAAUAUCAUUCAGCACGUACAUUUGAAAAUAAUAAUCGUCAUCAAUUUCAAAUACCUUCAUUUCAAACAUCACCCAUUUUUCAACCACAACAACAACCACCACCAGCUGUAUUAUCUACAUCGAAUAAUUAUCAACAACAAGAAACUUCACCAACAGAUGUAACACCUCGUUUUCGUCAUAUAAAAACCCCCGAGCAUGAAAAUAGACCAUCACAAACAAGACCAAUGUCAGGUGAUUUUGAACGUUUACAUAAUAGUCAUCAUUUAUCAUCGACACGUUUCAAUAAUAAUAAUAAUAAUAAUCAUCGUUUUCAAGCUCGUCCACAAUCAUUUUAUGAUUUUUCAUCAAAUAAUAACAACAACAACCAGAAUAAUUUUUUUCAUUCAUCAAACAAUAAUCGUUUUCAACGAAACAUUAAUAAUAAUAAUAAUAUCAAUAAUAAUAAUACAAGCCUUCCACUUUCUGCUUAUAUGAAUACAGAUGAUUCAUUAAAUGAAAACGAAAAUAUGAAUAAUAAUAAUACACAUUGGGGUACAUCAUCAUAUCAACGACGACGAUCUAUACAAAAUCAGCAACAACAGCAACACCAACACCAACAACAACAGCAACGAACAUAUCAUCAAGAUAAACAUCAAUUUCCAUUAUCAUCUUAUGAUCCACGUCAAUAUGGUUUUGAUAAUAAUUAUCAACGAAAAAAUAAUUUUAAUAAUGGAAUAAAUACAAAUCGUCGUAAUCUAAAUAAUAAUCGUAAUAAUAAUGAUAUGAAUAAUUCUAAUGAUAUUGAUCUUAUUGAAGAAUGGUGGGAAGAUAAUAAUACUGAAUUAAUCGGUACAAAUCAAUCUAUAACAAACACAGAUAUGCAAACAAAAUCAACAACAGUUAUAGAUGAUAGUGGUAAUAGUUCAUUAUCUACAAGUAUGAAUUUAAAAGAAUCAAUAUCAGAUGAUUUUAAUAAUCCAUUAUCUGAUGUAUCAACUACCGAUAGUAAUAUUAUCGAAUCACUUGAUAAACUUCAACAAGAACUUAAAUUAGAAGAAGCGGUUGAUGAACGAUUAGCAACAACAAAUCAUGAUAAUCUGGAAACAAUCAAUAGUACAUCCAAUAAAGAACCAACAACAUAUGAUACAGCUCAUUUUAUGCAAUGGGCAAAAGAAAAGUUUAGAGAGGAAUUAGCAGGUCGACUUACCGCUCAGGAAAUUCAACAACAUGAUGCUGCAACAACUGAUGAUGAUGAUGAUGAUGAUGAUGAUAAUAAUAAUCAAUCGACAACAAAUAUUAUUGAAAAAAUGGAUGCACUUGAGGAUGAUCUUCAUGAAAAAUUAACCAUCGAUGAACAUCAAUCAAAUACAAAUGAAUCGAUUGUUGUCGAAUGA